AUGUCCUUCGUCGCCAACGCCGUCGCGGGACCGAGCCGAGUGCGUGUCGCGCGGUCCGCGUUCAACGCCGCGGGUUGCGCCAGGCAUCAGUCGACCGAGUCGUCACCCCAGCCCCACCGGGCUGGACCUCCUAACUCGGAUAAGUUGGAUAAGAUUGAGAUGGGCAACCUUGCGAGAGCCUGGAAGGCUAAGACGCGGCAAGGCGACCGCGAUCCUGCCGUCUUCGAGCACAACUACAAAGUUUGGCUCCAGACCGUCGGAGCAGUCUUCAAGAAGGGGGGAAAGAAGGGCGAGAAGGCCAAGUGGCUCGGAGUAGACAUGCCGUUCGCCACGAACCCGUCAUUCCAGCCGCCGCCGCCCAUCUCGGACGCCAUCCUGACCCAGAUCGACCAGGAGCUCCGCUCAGGCGAGAAGACGAUUGGCCAGAUCGCGACUCAGUUCUCCGUCUCCAAGGCGAGGAUUGAGGCGAUCGCCAAGCUCAAGGAGGUCGAGGCCGAGUUCAGGCGCCAGAACCUUCCGCUCAACAAGGCGUACCAGGCCGGAAUGGAGCGGCUGCUCGGCUGCUCGAUCCCUUACGACCCCAAGCAGGAGAAGGCGCCCUCCCCACGGGCGCUGCGCGAUGAGGAGAUCGCUCGUGUCGGGCACGAGUCGACGGAGGCCGAGAUCCAGGAGGAGGAGCGCGGCGCCCUUGGUUCGUUCGGCGACCUGCGCAAGCAGUCGGACAGCCAGGGUCUCGAGAAGGAGGCGUGGGCGUUCGUCAGCGAGGCCGAGUACGUCUCGGGCACCUCGGCGGCGCAGCAGGCGAUGGACCGUGCCGCGGAGCACCCUCCCCGGCCGCCAGCGCCCGAGACCCCCUCCAACUACAACAAGCCGGGCAAGCACGUUUUCCGGUUCAUCGACACCUCGAAGAAGGGCCAGCAGCGCCGUGCGGCCCAGCAGGCUCACCAGAAGUAG